AGCGAGAACCAUUGGCUCAGUCGCAACAAAGUGUGGAGGCCGAGAGAGCAGUGAUGGCUGACCGCAGGAGGCGAAGGAAGCUGGCGGGGGACGAGGACUCGGACGGCGGCUCAGAGGCAUCGGACGAGGAAGCCAAUGGUGUCCGCAAAUCCACAACGGGCAGUGAUGGAGGCGACAGUGAAUAUGAGAGUGCAGACGAGGAGGAACUGCUGGAGGAGGAGGAGGAGGAUGAUGAGGAUGAAGAGCUCCUACAGACAGCCGAUGGGGUGUUAGUUGAUAAGGACAAACAACUGGACGAUGAUGAAGACCGGAAAAACCCCCAGUACAUCCCCAAGAAGGGAACAUUUUAUGAACACGACGACAGGACAGCCGCCACAGAAGAGGACACUGCUAAGGAAGUGCCCAAGGAACCCCCAGUGAAGAAGGAGGUGGCGUCCAAGAAGAAGGUGUGGAAGGAGGACGACCGAUGGAACCACGACCGCUUCAAUGAAUACGACCAGGCGCCCAAGUCCAGGGAGGAGCUGAUUGCGGUGUACGGUUACGACAUCCGCAACGAGGAGGGGCCGCCUAGGGCACGCCGGCGCAGGAGAUAUGGACGUGGCCCUAACAAAUACACCCGCAACUGGGAAGACCUUGAUGCUUACUCCAAGCCAACCCGGGGAGGAGGAAGCCCAGGUCUGCGAGGAAGGGGAGGCUUGAGGUCCUUAGGAGGAAGCCGCAAGACUCUGGAGAGUGAGGAGGAGUUCCCAGCGCUAGGAUCCACUCAGCCUCACCUCAAAGACUCCUCAGAGGACAUUGUGUCGCGGCCAGACUCACAGGAGCAGCACUGGCCAGCCCCUGACUCCUGCCGUGGUGAUGGUGAGCAUCCUAUGAAGCACCAGCACCACCCGUCACCACACUCACAGCUCCCAUCCAAGCAGCAGCAGCAGACACCCCCCAGCCAGCAGCCUCCACUACAGUACCCCUCCCACAAGAGUCCCGGCAUGAGUCCCCAGAGCCAGGACCAGCGUGGUGAGGGUUACGGGGUGCGCGGCAAGGGGCCAAGGGGAGGGCGUGGCGGCAGGGGAUCGUGGAGAGGUCACAACUUCAAGGACCAGUACAGGAACAAUGAUGAGCGGCCAGGCCACGGUGAAGGCAAACAGGGUAUCCGGGGGGGCAGAGGAGGCUACCAGCAGCAGCAGCAGCAACAGCGUGCCCAGUCUCUCAACCCUCAGCAGCAGCACCAGCAGCACCAGCACCAACAGGAGCAGCACCAGCACACGCCGCGGGAGGUUGAUGAUGUGAUGGUGGACAUGAAGAAUUUGUCCGUCUCAUCACAGAACAGAGACGAGGCAUACAGGAGCAAGAAUAGGGGUGGUGGUGGUGGUGGUGGCCUGGACAACCGCCGCAGCAACGUGCCACCGCGCCUGCAGCAGGACUCGGCAGUGGCUGCCAACCUGGCCGGGCGAGGUGGCCGCGGCGGCAAUGCAUCGCAGGCGGUAGAUGGGUCCUCAUCGCGACCCAAGCGUUACUCAUCGCAGCGGCAGCGUUCCAUCCCAGAGCAGCCCGUGCCACCCUACACUCAGCAGCACGGCUACCUGGAGGGCCCUGUGGAGACAGGGUACCAGGGUGGCGUGAGCGAUGCUGGCAUUGUGACGUCCACCAACCACAGUGUUACGGUGCCACACACACAGCUGCCCCUGGCAGGGGGAGCACCCCCCACCUUUGUGCCUCCUGCCUUCACCACGUCACCUCCCACCUACCCCACAGAGCCCUUCCUAGGUAGCCCCCCUGCCCCCCGCAUGUUCCCUCCAGUCACUCAGGCGCCACACCUCUUUGGUCCUCCAGUGGCUCCUCCAGUGCCUGUCCCUGGACCCCCCGUAGCCGGCCCACCCCCUGUUGCCCCUCUCGGCGCCCCACCAGUCGGUGCCCCCACAGUGCCUGGCCCUCCCGUCACCGGCCCACCCUUCCUGCCGCCGGAGAACAUGAUCAACUUUGGCGCCCAUCCUGGACCCCUUCCUGGUGCCGCCCCACAUCCCCCACAGUUCCCCCCCUUCCAGGGCUACACCCCUGGCCCGGUGUCCCAGCCGGGUGAGAUCUACAGCAAUGGGGUGACGUACUACAACACGGAGAGUCAGCAGCAGCUGCCACGUGCCAAUCUUCCCCUACAGAAGCGGCCCAAGGCGGCCAUCCCCAUUGUGCCACCACCUGAGAGGGAGCGAUUGAGGCGGGAGGCCCAGGGGCGGGAGCAGGGCGGCCCCUCGGAGUCCCAGGAUGACUCUGAAGACUAUCCUAUAGAGGGAGAGUCAUAUGAAGAUGCUCCCCAGCACCAACACCAGGAGCCACAGCAGCCAGAGCCACAACAGCAGCAGCAGGUAGAAAAGGAACAGAAACCAGAGGAACAACAGCCAAAGGAGAUGCAACAGUACAAAGAGACGAAGCAGCCCGAGCCUCAGCCAGUGAAGCAACAAGAACACCCAAAGGAACAACAACAACAGCAGCAGCAGCAGCAGCAGCAGCAGCAGCAGCAGCAGCAGCAGCAACAAGAAGAUCACUCAAAACCAGAAAAAGAACCUGAAAAGCAACAAACUGAAGUAAAAACAGAACCAGAGAAGUCUAAACAGCACAAUCAGCUGGAGGAGCAAGAGAAACCACAGGAGCAAAGGAAAGAAAAGGAGGAGGAGGUGAGGGAAACUGCAAGUAGCGACUCUUCGGCAGCGCCUCAGGAGGUGUCUAAGGGCGAGGCGACAAUAGCAGCUGGGCAGGAGACAGCAGGUGCCCCAGGGGAGGUGGAGGUGGCACCCGCAGAGCAGCAGUCUUCAGAGGCAGUAGCAGCAGCGUCUUAAUGAUUGCCUAUUUAACGCUAUGUACACUAGGACCGCACAUUUGGCAACUGUUUGGUGCUGCAGUCACACCUCGCAGGGACAACUGUAACUAUAGAUCAAAUGUUAAUUGGCACCAGUCUUGGCAUAUUUGUGAUAAAUGGAUCCUGUUAAUAUCAAUAUAGGAAAACUUUAAUAUAGAUUUUGACAUUUUUUUGUUAUUCUCAUGGCUAUUUCUCCCAAUGGCCAAUACAGUUUAGUAUUCUAAGUUGAACCAAAUGCCAUAUAAACUUGAUUCAUCUACACACAAGAAGCUCCUCUCUCUAAGCCAUGCACUGUACUUAUGUUCUUCAGUGGGUGUCUAUGCAGUACUGUGUCUAGAGGCCUGAUGUGUUACAGCUCCAUCAGUCAGUUGCAAUAUAAACAGUAUCAUUCAUUUGUCAUACAAGAAGCUCCUUUUUCCCAGUCAUACCCUGUACUUGUGUUCUUCGAUGGGUGUCUGUAGUGCUGUAUUUUCUGAGUCAAUGUGUCACAGUUCAGUCAGUUGCAAUGCAAAGGGUAUAAUUUGUUGUUGAAAGACAUGUUGCUGUUGUGAAUCUCAGUUCAUUUCACCAGUAAGGCAUUUCAUAGGAGUGUCCACCUGGCAUACAGAUGAUAAAGGUAUCCUGUAUUGGGGAGUGGGAUAAAGCUUAUUUUCAGCCAGAGGAUUGAUAAUAAAUUUUUCUUUGUUUUGUUGAUUUUGGAUACAUAUAUUGCUUUGUAUUUAUAUUUCUUGUAUGAUGCAUGAACUAUUUUUAAAGAUGUUCUGAAAACAUUAUGAAUAUUACUAUGAAUCUUUCUCAUUUCAACUCAGACCCACUCCUAUUCCUUUCUACACACCUUAACCAUGCAUUCCUUCAUACAACUCCAUAUUAAUUAAUUCCAAGCAGUUUACAUCAUAACACUUGAUUCCUCAUUUGUUUUUUGAAUUCCCUUCAUUCCAAACUUCAUCUCUACUUAAUCCCUCAACCACAACAGUAUACAACCUUCAGUAUGUAAAACGAUAACUGUCAAGCAACCAAUCCCUGAAAAUUACAUCCAUCCUCAUACACUUCAUUACUUUGCUCCUGUUAAUUGUUGUGUAGAAACCCAGUGAAGACUUGUAGUGCAGUGCAAUGACAUUGUCUGGUUCAGACAGCAGCCUCAGUAUGAAGCAAAGUGAGAGGUGUUUCUCACGGAAACACUGCAAGGAAUGGUGUUACCAAAAGGGUGAUCCAAUAACUCCAUGCCUCAUGAAUGGUGCGUGGUGGAGUGUCACAAAUGCGGCAGCUCGGCAGUGACCACCUGAGGUGUUCACUGCUGUCAAGUGGGGCCAUUUAGUUGCCAAACAACCAAGCAAGGUAGCGUGUAAUCAACUCGUGUUGCCAAGUAAAUCUCCACACCAAAACACGCCAAAUGUGCGGUUCCACUGUUUAUACACAAGUAUUUAUUUGUUUUGCCUACAAAAGAAAUGCUCUCCCACACAUGUUAUUACCCCUUAAAAUUAGACCUAUUCAAAAUGCUGUAUUUUAUAUCACAGCUUUGAUAAUAGCUUUAAUUUUUUUAUUUUAUUAUUAUUAUUUAUUUUUUAUUUUUUUGUUGGUCCCACAUUUGAUGUGUCACACAUCUGCUUAAGAUGGUUUGUAACCUUAUUACAUUAUCAUGUGUGCUGGUGGCUGGGAUGCAAGAUAAUAAAGCCUGUUCAUAA